AUCACUCAAUAAUACAAACCCUAGUUGCCCCUGUGGAUGUAGGUCAGAUUAGACCGAACCACGUUAAAUCUCGUGUUCUUUAUCGCUUUCUUGCUUUAUAUUCGUGUGUGUGCUUUUGUUCUUAACAACUGAUCUGGGAUACUCAGAAGAGAUGAUGUCUGAGGACGGAAAGAUCAGGAUAGAGAAGUUUGAUGGGCAAGAUUUUGGAUGGUGGAAGAUGCAAGUCGAGGACUUGCUAUGUCAGAAAGAUCUUCUUCCAUGUUUGACAAGUCAGAAACCCGAGAAGAUGAAGGAUGAAGAAUGGGCUGACUUGGAUAGAAAAGCCCUAGCCGUCAUCAGGUGCACUUUGACAAAGAGUGUGGCUUUCAACAUCGUGAAAGAGACCACUGCUCGUGCUAAGAGUCCAGCAGAUAUGUUCACCAAGACAGUGGUGCUGGAUAAGCUGAAGCUUUGCAUAGCUUCAGCUGGUCUCCUGGAAUAGUGUUGAGGAGAGGGGCAACUAGGGAGAUGUGAAGAUCAAGGAGGAUCUUUCAUUUACAGAAGUACAGAGAGAAGCCGCAGUUUGGUCCAAAGACUCCAAGUGGGAGAUUGUUGGUGAUGUGUAGUCAUCGGCCCAAAGUGGCCCACUUGUAGACAACUGAGAGUUAGGAGACCAGAUUAGGGUUUCGGCCGGCCCAAAUGGUUUUAAGCCCAGUUUGCUAUAACUUGUCCAGCAAGGGUUAAACCCUAAUUAGUUGUCUAUAUAUAUGAUCUCCUGUACUUGUAAUCAUUAUCACUCAAUAAUACAAACCCUAGUUG